AUGGGUAAAUGCCUCUCUCGCCCGGAGCGGCACAAUAUUCUGCCCAAGCGCCUUUACCCUGUCAAUACUCUCGAUAAUGAGCAAGCGAGCAUGUACAGCCACCCAAACGUCAUGCUCAAGACAAAUAAAGGAGCACGCAACACUACUCCCUGCGCUAAGGCAACUACCUCAACAAAACAGUCCGCCCGCAAAAGACAUUCUCGUCAUCGCAACCGGGAGACCAGGCAGAUGAAGAGGAAUCUCAAGGAUAUCCGGGUGCGCCUUGAUCAUGCUCGUGCUCGGUACGAAGCAGCUAAGGAUGAAGUCGCGUCUUGUGAAAAAGAGAUCACCAAUCUUUCCCAAAGAAUGAAUGGCCGACGCGGUCUUGCAGCGGUUCAACCCGACACGGAAUCCCGGGCCGGAAUAUCUGAUGAUCUCUAA